AUGGCGCACAUGGCCCAUGCUGCUACCAAAGAAGCCUGUGGAAUGAAUGGAGAUGCUCAGAGAUUUCGCAAUCCAGGUGUGACGGAGCUGAUUGCCUGCAGAAAGAAAACCAUUUUCGACGUCCAGUCUAUUGAAAAAAAAAACGGGGGAUCUAUUUGCUGCACUUUGCCGAACGCAGACAAACACCUCUACUACUCAGCUCCUAAGUUACGCGGCGGAUCGGUUUUUGAGCAUUACUGGCACCAUCCACCGAAUAUUAGAGAAGUGGGGUGCACUUGUCGAUUGGUACGACGAACGCGCCCACAUCGCUCACCGACAGCGCGUAUCUUCCCCUUCUUUCAAACUAAAAAACCAUCGUAA